AUGGCAACUCUUUUGCGGCCAGCAUCCCCUGCAGAGGACUUGCCGCAGUACUAUCAAGACCUGGGCGACACCGACAUCACAAACUGCUUCCGAAACUUUGAUCUCGAGAAGAACUUUGAUCGCUUCGACAGGCAGACGCGGAGCCCAAAGACCACCAACUUCUGCCUGGACUUUGGUGAGGAUGAAGCGUUCUGUGCCUUCGAUCUUGCUGCGUUCUCGUACUCGCGGCUCCUGGAAGCACCACGACCUCCACACUUGCACACACGAUGGAUCAACAUAUGGCAGCCCUACAAUCAGAAGGACACACUCCGCUUGAUUGGUCAACACUACGACUUCUCGCCGCGCUUGCUGAGUAUGAUGUGCAGUGAUCCGGUACCGGCGCGCUCUGGAAGUUCGAACAUGGACAGAAGCGUCUCUACACUUCGAUCGAGACUGUCGCAUCGUUCUAAGCACUCAAAAUCAAGCAGCGAGAAGUCAAAAUCUGGGUCAAAUAAAAAUACCAUUGAUUCAGAGGAGAGUAUUGGAAUGACAGAGCUGAUGCACUCCACACAACUGGAGAUGGUGCGUGACCUUACACACUACCAAAUUGUUGAGGACGUUUGGCAUUGGUCUACGGUAGACUGGGGUCGUCGAUAUUUGUGCCUAGGGUACAACACACUCCACAAUGUGCACAACAAGCAAACACACCACAGUCACCAUCAUGCAGGUCGACUCAACCGCGACCAGGACAUACCCUAUGGCAAGCGAGUAUGGAACUGGCUUCUGUUGUGCGAAGACAAGACAGUGAUCUCUAUCUCUGAAGAUCCUUUCCCAUUUGCCAACGGCGAAGUGCAUGGGUGGGAUUUGAGAAUGUUAUACACAAUCCGACGGAACCUGGUCAACGUGUUUCGACAACUGACUAAGGCACCAACGCCUUUGGCAGAUGCUGCUCUUACUCAACUACCGAUCCGACAUCGUAUCGGUCACAGCGAAGAGGAAACCGCACAUCGUGCCACCGAUACACCUGGUCUACUGUUCUACUACUUGUUCGAGGAUUGGGGAACUACUUUUGGCCUAAUAUCGCGCAGUGAGGAAGGUUACUCCGCCGAGCUAGAUCGUCUCCGCAAGGAAAUGUUGAUUAAGGCGGAUUUGACUCACGUUGAUCAGCUGCACCACAUCGGAUGCCAGCUUGCGGUCCUACGCCGCGUUUACCACUCAUACGAACUGCUCAUCGAACGCAUCCUUGAGAAACGAGAAGCUACACUAGCAUCGCUCAAGAACUCGCAUGUCAUGUCCCAUGCUGAGUCAAUGCUCUCAUCAAUGCACAGUACAGAGUCUCCAAAUCCGCUGCUACCAGAGCUUGCAAGUUCGCUGGGUGUAGCACUUAGUUCAGCUGCUAGAGUACGUUUCGAACGGCUCAAAGACCGCAUCAUUCUCUAUGCCUUGAGCGAGAUACAAGAGUGCAUCGACCAAAAAGACUCACUGGUUAUGAUGAACUUCAAUCUUAUCGCUAUUAAGGAGUCAUUCAGUGUGGAACGUUUGACGUGGGUCACGCUAGUUCUGGCACAGAUCACUAUUCUCUUCACGCCGGUGACUCUCAUGACUGGCUACUUCAGCAUCCAGUUUAAAGACACCGAGUUUGAGAUCAAAAGUUACUGGUGGGCCUUUGCCAUCGUCUUGAGCCUUUCGCUGCUCAUGUUGUUCAUGUUCAGCUUCCUGAGUGGCACUUUGAAUGGACACAUCCUCUCAAGGAGCUGGAGCAGAAUGAUGUUAGACCUCAGCAAGCGGUGGUGGGCGCAUCGAAAAAAGCGAGACAAGACCCUCUGA